AUGACGACCGCGCUGCCUUCGACCACGACACCGUCGCUCACAAACCGUAACAAGGAUGUCAAUUCACCUUCAAAAGAUGGCUUGCAUGUUGACGGAAACCACAACGCUGAUGAUCUGCUCCAAGAUCUAGGAUACACAGCCCAGUUCACUCGCAACAGAUCAACCCUUCAGGUCGCGUUUAUGGCCUUCGUGCUUGCGUCUAUCCCUUAUGGCAUGGCGACAACUAUCUACUAUCCUUUGAUCGGUGGUGGGCCUGUCAAUAUCAUUUGGGGAUGGGUUGGUGUCUCGCUUAUUGUCUCCUGUGUUGCCCUCUCGUUAGGCGAAAUUACCAGUGUCUUCCCGACAGCUGGAGGGUAUCUAAAUGCAGGUGUCUAUUACCAGUCUUUUAUGCUAUCACCUCCGCAAUGGCGACGGAUCGCCAGUUGGAUCUGCGGCUGGUUCUAUCUCGUUGGAAAUAUCACCAUCAUUGUCGCUGUUAACUUCGCGACGAGCACGUUCAUUAUCUCGUGCAUCAACAUGUUUUCUACUGACGAGGACACUACCCUGAUUUCGGGCGAUGCUUAUCAGGUCUUUUUAAUCUAUCUAGCCGUCACGUUGAUCUGCACCUCCAUCUCGACUUUCGGAAACCGCUGGCUGCCCAUUCUAGAUACUGUAGCUAUUUUUGGCACAUUCAUCAGCCUCUUUGCUAUUGUGAUUACAAUUUUGGUCCUGGCAAAGAACGGCAGAAGAGACGCUAAAUGGGUGUUUACGCAUUUUGAGGCCUCAUCUGGCUGGCCAGAUGGCUGGUCCUUUUGCAUUGGCUUACUUCACGCGGCCUAUGCCACCAGUGCGACUGGAAUGAUCACCAGCAUGUGCGAAGAAGUUAGGAGACCAGAGAUCCAGGUUCCACGAGCCAUGGUAGCUACGGUAUUCAUCAACCUUCUAGCCGGCGUUAUGAUCUUGGUGCCGGUCUGCUUCAUUCUCCCCGAUAUCCAGGCGCUGAUCGCUCUGCCUUGGGCACAGCCGAUACCAUAUAUCUUCAAGAGUGCUACUGGGUCAGCUGGAGUGUCUAUGGCUUUGCUCGCCCCUGUCUUGCUGUUGGGCGUUCUUUGUGGCACUGGAUGUUGCACCGUCGCAUCACGGGUUAUAUGGGCAUUUGCGCGAGAUGGUGCUGUUCCAGGUGCAAAACACUGGACAAAGAUCAGCCCGGCUUUGCAUAUUCCGCUCAACGCCAUGAUUCUUAGCACGACUAUCCAAGUUCUGCUUGGCCUGAUAUAUUUCGGCUCCACAGCUGCCUUCAGCGCAUUUUCUGGAGUCGGCGUCAUCUGUCUCACGGCCUCAUAUGCGACCCCUAUCACCAUCAGUUUACUUAGGGGGCGUGAAGAAGUGAGCAGGGGCUGCUUCUAUUUUGGCUUCUUUGGCGCUGUGUGCAAUGUUGUUGCUAUUGGUGAGCAUCUCUUCCUCAGCUGUGAUUUUGCUUCCAAUUUCGCUUACCUACCUUUUCCAAAUUCUAGCUUGGUCACUUUUGGCUAUUCCCCUUUUCUGUAUGCCAACGUCAGUACCAGUGACCCCUUCCACAGUCAACUAUGGCCCAGUCGUCUUUGUUGCCGCCGCUCUACUUUCGGCUUUCUGGUAUUGGUUCUGGGGCCAUAA